AUGUCCCACGAAGAGGAUCUCAUCGAUUACUCGGACGAGGAGCUCCAGACAACACAGGCGCCAGCCACCACCGCUGCUCCCGCCGACGCCAACGGUGAUGAUGAUAAGAAGGGCGAUUUGACUGUCUCUGGCGGCCGCCCCGACAAGAAGGGUAGCUACGUUGGUAUCCACUCGACUGGUUUCCGCGAUUUUUUGCUCAAGAGCGAACUCUUACGUGCGAUUACCGACUGCGGAUUCGAACAUCCAUCGGAGGUCCAGCAAGUUUGCAUUCCCACCGCCAUUCUGAAUGUCGACGUCCUUUGUCAAGCCAAGUCCGGUCUUGGUAAGACCGCUGUCUUCGUUUUGACCACCCUCCACCAGCUGGAGCCCGUCGCCGGCGAGGCCUCUAUUCUUGUCAUGUGCCACACCCGUGAGCUAGCCUACCAGAUCAAGAACGAGUACGCCCGUUUCUCCAAAUACCUUCCCGACGUCAAGACCGCCGUUUUCUUCGGUGGUACCCCUCUCCAGAAGGAUGUUGAGCUCCUUGCCAACAAGGACACCCACCCCAACAUUGUUGUCGCCACUCCCGGUCGUCUGAAUGCGCUUGUCCGUGAUAAGAAGCUGUCCCUCCGCAACGUCAAGGCUUUCGUUCUUGACGAGUGUGACAAGAUGCUCGACCAGAUCGACAUGCGCCGUGAUGUCCAAGAGAUUUUCCGCGCUACCCCCGCCGAUAAGCAGGUGAUGAUGUUCAGCGCUACUCUCUCCCAGGAGAUUCGCCCCAUUUGCAAGAAAUUCAUGCGUAAUCCCCUCGAGGUCUACGUUGACGACGAUACCAAGCUCACCCUGCACGGUCUGCAGCAGUACUACAUCAAGCUCAGUGAGCAAGAGAAGAACCGUAAGCUGAACGAGCUUUUGGACAACCUGGAGUUCAACCAGGUCAUCAUCUUCGUCAAGAGCACUCUCCGUGCCAACGAGCUGGACAAGCUGCUUCGCGAAUGUAACUUUCCUAGUAUCGCUGUCCACUCUGGCGUCAGCCAAGAGGAGCGUAUCAAACGCUACAAGGAGUUCAAGGAGUUCAACAAGCGUAUCUGUGUCGCAACUGAUGUCUUCGGUCGUGGUAUCGAUAUUGAGCGUAUCAACCUCGCUAUUAAUUACGAUCUCCCCGCUGACGCCGACUCCUACCUCCACCGCGUCGGUCGUGCCGGUCGUUUCGGUACCAAGGGUCUUUCAAUCUCCUUUGUCAGCAACGAAGAUGAUGAGAAGGUCCUCAAGGACAUCGAGAAGCGAUUCGAGGUCGCCCUGCCCGAGUACCCCGAGGGCGGUGUUGACUCUACCACUUACAUGGCCUAA